AUGGCUCUGAUCAUGAGCCUGACUCUGAGCGCCUUCGUAAAAGCGGCGGCAGCUAGGAUAGGAAACCCCCACCCAGCAAAAUGGAAAGAGGGAAAACUGUCCGGCCCUCCAGCAGGAUGCGUGUCCAUGGUACUGGAGAGAGGAGAAAAGAAAAAGUCCGUGGACAUUGGAAACGACUCAGGUACCGUACGGUAUAGAAAAUUUGCCUCCCACAUGGGCAACGACAACGCCACCUGCGGGGAAUCCAACGGCGAAACAAACCCAGUUCAUCCUGCUUUGCCGGCCAAGUCGCGUCCGAGUAAGGAUGCAAAUUAA